AUGGCCACAGAGACUUCGGUCCCGUCACAGUCGGCGGAGCUUAAUGUCUAUGUCUCUAGUCCUAAUGGACAUGGACAUGGACCGCGGGUCAAGGAGACCACGUUCCGCGAAUGGGUGGUCAACAACCAAAUCGGAAUCUCUUUGACCAUUCUGGCUAUGUUGCUGGCUCUUCAUAACCUUUACCCCUCGCUACGUCCGUAUACACAACCGUUCUUUCAAUUGUCGUACUAUAAUCAAUCCGGAAGCUACUACGUUCAAGGCUGGGACGAUGUGUACUUCGUCAUUAGCGCUGCGCUGGCCCUUACCGCAGUUCGCGCCUUUGCGAUUGAAUGGGUUUUGCGACCACUGGCUCGCAAAGCAGGAUUAAAGCGAAAGGCAUCCGUGCGAUUUGCCGAGCAGGGCUGGCAGGCAAUGUACUAUAGCUCUAUUUGGGCUGUUGGAUUGUAUCUGUGGAAAAACUCCUAUUACUGGGGUGAUUUUUCUGCGAUUUUCGCUGAGUGGCCCGCACGCCCAUUGUCUGGUUUGAUGAAAUGGUAUCUGCUCGUGGAGCUUGCCUUCCUGGUACAGCAGAUCUUCGUUAUCCACGUCGAGGAAAAGCGCAAGGACCACUACCAAAUGCUUUCCCACCACAUUAUCACAAGCACUCUCCUGAGCUCGGCAUACAUCUACGGCUUCUACAACGUUUCCAAUGUGGUACUGUGUUUGAUGGACGUUGUUGAUUUCCUGCUUCCUUCAGCCAAGAUUCUGAAGUACCUGAAGUAUGAGAAUGCCUGCAAUGUGGCCUUUGGUGUUUUCAUGGCAGUUUGGGUCAUCACCCGACAUGUCUUGUACAACAUCCUUUGGUGGUCCAUAUACCAGAAUGUGCCCGCCCGCAUGUCGUACGGAUGCUACUCUGGAGCUACCGCUGAAAUGAUCAGCACCGAUGGCUACCCCGACUCUUUCGCGUACUUGUUUGCGCCUUUCCGCGGUCUGGAGAAUCCUAUCUGCAUGAACCGUACCAUCAAGUGGAUCUUCCUCUCUUUCCUCUUGUCUCUGCAGGGACUUUCCAUCGUUUGGUUCACCAUGAUUGCGCGUGUCGCCUAUGGGGUUGUCUGUCACGGUAAUGCCGAGGAUACCCGAAGCGAUGACGAGGAUGAUGUUGAGAUCACCGGUGAGGCCCCUGCCAAUGGCCCUGUGCGGCUGGCCGCCAAGGAUGGUACUACCCCUGUACCGGUUGGCACUGAAAAUACCGUUGGAUUGGACCGUCGUCGAUCCAAUGGUACUGCCUCUGUGCGUGCUCGCGGUCGUGGCCGUGUACCUUUCGAUCAAAGUGAUCGCAAAGCUCUACUGGGUCGAAUUGGAUGUGAGAAACCUACAUAG